GGCGGCGAAGACGCGAUGCUCCAUCGGCUGGGCCUGCGCGGGAGCCCCAGCGCCCCCGCCGACGGGGCCUCCCCCUCCGCGGCGCCCGCCGGGAACGGCGGCGGCGCCGCGGGGGCCCUGGGCCGGCCGCUGCGGCUGGUCUACUGCGACGACAAGGGCAAGUUCGUCAUGGACCCGGAGGCCGUCGCCGCGCUGCAGCUCGUCAAGGGCCCCGUCGGGGUGGUCUCCGUCUGCGGCCGCGCGCGCCAGGGCAAGAGCUUCGUGCUCAACCAGCUUCUAGGGCGAACCAGUGGCUUUCAAGUUGCAUCAACACAUCGACCUUGCACCAAGGGACUUUGGAUGUGGAGUGCGCCUUUGAAGAGGACUGGUCUUGAUGGAACUGAAUACAAUCUUGUCUUGUUGGACACUGAAGGAAUCGAUGCUUACGACCAAACGGGCACCUAUAGUAUCCAAAUAUUUUCGUUGGCUGUUCUAUUAUCAAGCAUGUUUAUAUACAACCAGAUGGGAGGGAUAGACGAAGCCUCAAUUGACCGUCUUUCACUUGUCACAGAAAUGACAAAGCAUAUACGGGUUAGGGCCUCAGGUGGAAGGUCCACUGCCUCUGAACUUGGGCAUUUCUCACCUGUCUUUGUUUGGCUGCUGAGGGACUUCUACUUGGAUCUUACAGAAGACAACAGGAAAAUUACGCCGAGAGAUUACCUUGAACUUGCUCUGAGGCCUGUUCAAGGUGGUGCAAGAGAUGUAUCUGCUAAGAACGCGAUACGGGACUCGAUCCGUGCUCUUUUCCCAGACAGGGAAUGCUUUACACUCGUGCGACCUGUGAACAAUGAGAAAGAUCUCCAGCGCCUUGAUCAACUUCCUUUGAGUACAUUUCGUCCAGAGUUCACAUCUGGCCUGGAUGCUUUCACAAAAUUUGUGUUUGAUCGAACAAGACCUAAACAGCUUGGAGCUAGUACCAUGACAGGCCCAAUCCUUGCUGGAUUGACACAAUCAUUUCUUGAUGCCAUCAAUACUGGUGCAGUGCCUACAAUAUCUUCGUCAUGGCAGAGUGUGGAGGAAACAGAAUGCCGUAGGGCGUAUGAUUCUGCUGUGGAUAUUUACAAUUCUUCUUUCAACCGCAAAAAAACAGCAGAAGAGGAUGCUUUGAGAGAAGCACAUGAAAGUGCAAUGAAUAAGGCUAUUAGUGCUUUUAACGCCUCUGCUGUUGGUGCUGGGUCAGCUCGUUCGAAAUUUGAGAAGCUUCUCCAGACGUCUCUAAGAAAGAGUUUUGAGGAUUUCAAAAGGAAUACUUUUCUGGAGGCUGACUUGCAAUGUUCGAGUAGAAUACAGAGCAUGGAGUCAAAAGUACGGGCAGCAUGUAACCGUCCCGACUCAAAGUUGGAUGAUGUGGUCAGGCUCCUUGAUGGCCUCCUCGCAGAGUAUGAGUCUACUUCUUAUGGGCCCAAGAAAUGGGCAAAGCUUGCUUCGUUUCUGCAUCAGUGUUUGGCGGGGCCCGUACUAGACCUGUUCAAAAAACAACUGGAGCGUAUAGAUGCUGAAAGGAACGCCCUGAGACUGAAAUGCAGUUCAAGCGAUGAUAAGUUAGCAUUACUCACGAAGCAGCUUGAGGCAAGUGAGACGCACAGAGCUCAGUAUUUAAGGCGAUAUGAGGAAUCUGUUAAUGAUAAGCAGAAACUUUCAAAGGAUUACUCUGUUAGAAUGGCUGAACUUCAGAACAAGGGUAGCAAGUUGGAAGAACGUUGUAUGAGCUUGUCUUCUGCUCUUGAACAAGCAAAACGAGAGUCUGUUGAUUGGAAGAGCAAAUAUGAUCGCAACAUUUUACAGCAGAAGGCAGAUGAAAGCAAGUUAAAGUCUCAAAUUGCUUCUCUUGAGUCUAGGACGAAUAUCAGUGAGGGCAGAUUAUCUGCUAUACGGGAGCAGGCCGAGUCUGCUCAAGAGGAAGCUGCAGAGUGGAAACGUAAAUAUGAAUUUGCUUCCAAUGAGGCUAAAACAGCUCUUCAGAAAGCAGCUGUUGCCCAAGAACGCACAAACAUGAAAGUGCAAGAAAGGGAAGAUGCACUGAGGGCAGAACUUGCUAAUCAACUGCACGAAAAGGAGGAAGAAAUAGCAAGGUUAAAUGCAAAAAUUAACCAAACUGAAGUUAAUGCUACAAGUUUGACCUCGAGGCUUCAGGUUACUGAAGGAAAGCUGAAGAUUUACGAGUCAGAGUCGGUGGCUCUGAAGGGCGAGAUCAGAUUAUUGACUGAUAAUUUGGAGUCUAUUAAAACUGAAGCUCAAUCACAUGCGAAGGAAGUUAAGAUCCUUGAACAAGAAAAGAAUCAUCUUCAAGAGAAGUUCCUAUCAGAGUGCAAAAAGUUCGACGAGGCAGACAGGAGGUGCAAGGAAGCUGAAAGGGAGGCUAAACGAGCAGUAGAAUUGGCUGACUUAGCUCGUGUAGAAGCUGCUGCUGCACAGAGAGAUAAGGGCGAAGCACAACGACUAGCAAUGGAGAGAAUGGCCAAAAUAGAAAGAAUGGAGAGACAGGUCGAAAGUCUAGAAAGAGAGAAAAAUAAGAUGUUGGAAGAAAUGGAGCAACUUCGUCAGUCUGAGUUGGAUGCUAUAUCCAAGGUCACAAUGCUUGAUGAAAGGGUUGAUGAGAGGGAAAAGCAGAUCGGGGAGAUGCUGCAACAGAAUAAUCAGCAGAGAUCUAGCACGGUCCAAGUGCUUGAGAGUUUGCUGGAAACAGAACGUGAAGCUUGUGCUGAAGCCAACAAGAGGGCUGAGGCCUUGUCACUGCAGCUGCAAGCAACUCAAGGCAAGCUGGAUAUGCUCCAGCAGGAGCUGACAUCUGUUCGACUCAAUGAAACUGCACUUGAUAGCAAGGUUAAGGCCUCUUACUCAAGGCGCACGAGGGGCGAAGCUACCGAGUCUGUCCAUUAUAUGGAUGUCGAUGAUGACAACUCCGGGAGGCGAAGGAAAAGAUCGAAGAGCACAACAAGCCCGUUUAAGAACAAUCACACGGAGGAUGGUGGAUCUGUAUUUUUCGGAGAAGAUAAUGACAAUGGGAGCCAGCAGGUGGAGGAGACAGAGACUGAAGAUUACACCAAGUUCACUGUGCUGAAACUGAAGCAGGAGCUCACCAAGCAAGGGUUUGGUGCCCAGUUGCUGCAGUUGAAGAAUCCCAACAAGAAGGAAAUUGUCGCCUUGUAUGAGAAGCAUGUCGUUGGCUCUUAACUGCUUCUUUAACAUUAUGUAAUAGUAGUAACUCCUCGUGUGUUAAUUCUAGAUUUCUUAGUAAGGUUCGGUGUUGAUGACACGAUUUGAAAUGUGAAACACAAGGAAUGUAACACUCGUUUGUUUGUGCGCUUGUUAACUUGGUUUGUGGAAACU